AGCAUUGAUUAUUAUUUAUUUGACAAUUUCGUCAAUGAAACAAAUCAAACAAAAGUUCAAAACCAAGAUUUCUGAUAACUUGAAGUAAUCAGACCUUGAAGGGACCUAAUUUUCAUCUAAUAUUAUAAAUACAAAUACCUUCCAUUUUAGUUAUUGAUUGACUAGGCUUAAAGUCGAGGGCUCCGCCAGAAUUAUACUUCUUCGUUUUUACUACGAUACAAACGCAAAAAUGCUGCUAGAACUGCAAGUAAAUUAAACACAGAUAAGAAAUAAACUCGCAAGUUACAAAAUCUGUCGAAGUAUACUUAACCGAACAAUGCAUAUAACUCGUAAGUCGCAUAAAAUAUUGUCAUUAUUCAUGAAUAUAAAUAGUCUUCUUUUUCUUUUAGUGCCUCUCCUUAUUUUUAUUGUGAUGGAAUAAUUCCGCGGCGCUCGAGAUUCCAGUCCUUGCUCGUAGGUUCCUACUUCUUCCUGCAACCUACGCCUCGUUUUCCAGCAACUUUGCCCACCAUUAUUGUUGUAAGAGGGCGUAUCUUUAGUGUCUCAUCACAUGUCCUAGAUACGCAACCUUCCUUACUCUGAUGGUAUCCCUAAGUUCGCGUUUCUUGCCAACACGUCGCAUGAUUUCAUCAUUUGUAACCAUUUGAGUUCAACUAACUUUUAACAUUCGUCUAUUGGUGCAAGAAUAAAAUUGAAAUUCAAGCUAAAGAGUAUAACACUUUAAGACAAAAUUACAUACAUUAAGAUAAAGAUAUCUAAACGUUUUGGCAUUAAGCCAAUGCUUUGUCUUUACAGUAGUAUUUAUUAAUUAACAAAAUGGAUAAGAACACAUAUGAAACAUAUGAAUACUUGCCAGCUAAUAAUGGAGAUUCAGACCAGUUCUUUGUAGUUCAAGCUGAUGGAACAUUUCUUAUCAACAGACAGGUGCAGUAUGUUACACAAAUUGAAAAUGUUAAAGAAGUACUUGAUGGUGUACCGUCAUGUACAGUAUAUGAUGUUACACCACAACAGUUACUUGUUGAUGUUAAUAAUUCUGCUGAGCUUAUAUCUGUUUCUGACCAAUAUGUUCUUCCUGAUGGAGGAAGUAACUUGUACCCAAAUAGUUAUCUGGUACAACCUGGAUCAAGUGCAUCAACUGAGCAGAUGGAAGAAAAUAUUACAGUUGACCAGUUUAAGCAACUAGAUCCAAUUUUAAAUUUGGAUGUAACACAAAAUGUUAAAGAAACCACUAAUUGCACUGAGAUCACACUCAGUGAUGAACAAUAUCAAAUGUUGGAAGAAAGGGGGUGGAUAUUGCUUGAAACUAAUGAUAAAAUCUAUUUACUAGACACAUUAGGCCUUCAUGACAUCACAACUAACGAUAAAUUGAUCCACAAAUUGAAAACAGAAAUUGAAAGCAACUUUGAAGAAAAUGCAGAGGACAGUAGAUCCAUUUUGCUAGAAAAGAAUUUACACACUUUAGGUAACAACAGUAUACCCAAUAAAGAACAAACCAGUUUCAGUAUUUCAAGUGAUGUAUUAGUUGUAAACCCAGGUUCUAUAGAAAAUGUACCUUUUCUCAGAAACAACAAUGGUGAAAUUGUAUAUAAUCAAGAAAACCAUGGGAUGAACCCUGAUGUUGUUCUAUCAAAAGAUAAAGUAGGAAAUGCUGAAUUAAAAAAAGAAGAGACACUUGAACAACUUUGUGAGGAUACUGCUACACAAGUUCUUAUCAUUGAAAAUGAUGGCAUUCGUAGGGAAGGCAAUAGCUUAAAGAUAAAAUCUAAAUUAUCUCUUAAAAAUUUUCCUGAAAAGAUAGUUUUGGGCAAAACAUUAAAUGGAAAGCAGUUGGUUGCGAGAGUUGUAAAACCAAACAAUAAUGUAAGUCCUAUGGAAAUAGAUAAACAUGAACCCGAGCAGCCACAUUUGGAAACAACAAAUGGUCGAAAAUGGGAGAUUGAGAAAAACCCACCUGCAAUACAUUUAAGCAACUUAUUGAAUGAAACAGAAUUCCUUUUGAUAAUAGAAGAUUUGCUACAAAAUAAUAAAAACAAUUGUUGUGUGGAUGAUUUUGUCUCAGCAGAAUCUGUUAUUUCCCAACUGCUGCAAAUUCCCACAUUUAAAUCAAUUGUUACAGAGAGCUAUCUAGUUGUUACAAAGACUGUACAAAAUGAAGACUCUUCUGGAAAAGUUAUAAAUAAGGGCAUAACAGCCGUGAUAACUGGGAAAGUUUCGGAUAGUAAAUUUGGUUUCGUUCAUUUGCCAUAUAUGUUACAAAACAUGAUAAACCUUUGCAUAUUGCCAAAAAGCAAGAAUGGACAGGCCUUGGAUUCAAGUAAACAGAGUUUAGAAGUGCUGCAUGUGCAAAUACUAGAAUCCAAACAAAGUGGAGUUAAAGUGUCUGUCACUGUUAACAGAAGAAGUAUCCCAAUGGAUUGGAUUGCUAAAGUUCACAAACAGCUAACUGCUAGAGUGUACGCGUGUAGCGCUUGCGCGGCACUUUUUAAAACGGAGGAUCUUUUGAAAGAGCAUCAAAUGAAUAAUUGUUCGGAGCCCGAUGACAUUCUUACCAUAGAUACGGAUGAAAUGACACAAACUACAUAUUGUGUGGUCAAUGAAGGCAAGGUGAAAUCAUAUGAAUGUAUGCAAUGCAAUGCAAAAUUUAAUAAACUCAAUAGUUGCAAAAAUCAUUUAAAGACCCAUGUUUCAAAAGCUCACGAUAACAAUAUUAAUGAGACAGAAAGCAAACCAAAUGAGGUUUAUAAAUGCAACAUGUGUCCAUGCACUUACUUCCACCCUUCUACUUUAUCAAAACAUAUACUUUCAAGACAUAUAAAAAUGAAGUCUUAGUAAAACUUAUGUUUCAUAAAAAAAUAUUUUUAUUAUCACCUUACAUAGAUAUACCUUAGUUAGAGCCUCAGACCAAAUAAAAAGUUUUUAUUUCUUAGAGCUUAAAGGCUCUAAGAGCCAUACUCAAUGUAUCAAAAUAUAUCAUCUGAAAAAAUAUUAUCCAAUCCAUCAAGUAAGCAGUUUUCAUCAGGUGAAGGUACUAUACUGCUUAAACCUGAAACAGAUAAUUAUUUUAAAUAUUGUUUCUUUAUAAGGUGUUUUCAGAAUAAGUUCUUUAAGCUUUAUUAAAUGAAUGCCAUACCUGAAUGUAAUGAUGAUUCAUUGACCUUGAUGACAGUAAAAUCACCUUCAUAAGUUUUUACAUACCCAUCUGGCAAUGCUGUAUUAACAUCACUGUCUAUAACUACAGAACUAUAAAUAGCAAAUAUAUUACUCAAUGUAAUAUUCAAGUAAUAUUUCUUGAAUGCACUUCCUGUUGUUAAUAUUGUUGGUUUCCAUAAGACUAUUGCGCUACAUUCAGAGACAAUGUAAGGUGCAAAUUUUGACCAGGCAUCUCUGUGUAAUGUACACUUUAUACUACCUGCAAUAAAAAAGAAUUUAAUUUAUAGUAUUGAACAAAACUAAACUAAUUUUUUUAAUAAACAAUGUCCAAAUGUUAUAUUUUUAACAUUGAGCAAAUAUUUUCAAAUGUUAAAUAAAAACAUGGUCAAGUGCAAGUCAAACUGCACAUUGAGGGUUCCAUACUUUACAAUAUUUUGUUUGUGAGAGAAAUACUGCCUGCUUUUACUGUUCACAAGAAACAGACUCGGCAGUCUCUAUCUUGUGAACUAUUGCUAAACAAAAGAAAGUUAGUAAGUUCAGUUUAAGCAGUAAAAGUAUGAAACUUACUUUGUGUGAGUAUGAAACUCUAAAAAUAUGUACCACAAGAUACUCACCCAUAGAAUCCCUGAGUGUCAC